CCAAACUCCAUCCAUGGACGCCGUCAGUUUGGAAUUUUCACAACACGAUGGUCAAGAUUGGUGUGCUCGCGUUGCAAGGUGCGUUCGAAGAACACAUUGACAUGCUCAAGCAAGUCGGCGCGGAUGCCGUGGAAGUGCGCUUGCCAGCGGACCUCGCUGGCCUCGACGCGCUCGUGUUUCCCGGCGGCGAGUCCACGGCCAUCGCCAAGGUCGCGGAACGAUGGGGCAUGAUCGAACCCCUCAAGCAAUGGGUGCAUGACAAGAAACCCAUUUGGGGCACGUGCGCCGGUAUGAUCUUGCUGGCGCAUUCCGCGCGCCAUGCCAAGCAAGGCGGCCAAGCGCUCAUCGGUGGCUUGGACGUGGAAGUGAGCCGCAACUUUUUCGGCGCGCAAAUCCGGAGCUUUGAACAACAGAUCCAGGGGCCUCCGGGGUACGGCGACGAGCCAUACACCGCCGUGUUCAUCCGUGCCCCGGCCAUCGUGUCCGUGGGCGAACACAUCGACGUGCUGUCGGAGAUUUCCCACGCGCAGCCCGCCGACGGGUCGGACCCGACCGACGUGAUCGUGGCCGCCCGCAAGGACAACAUCCUCGUGACGGCAUUUCACCCAGAAUUGACCUCGGACACGAGAUGGCACCAGUACUUUGUGGAGCAGAUUGUCUCGACCAAGUAAGGGCACCGAAGAGUAGUACUACUAGUAGUAGUAUACUAGUAUAGAAUGAAGGCUGUGUUGGGUUGAAUGUCGCCGUAGUAGAGUACUACUAGUAGUACUAUAAAUAGAAGUAUCGAAGACAUUGUUAGGUUUGCAAACA